AUGCCUCAGUACAAUGUUACUCUCAAGACCGACGCCCCUCCCGAGGAGUUGGAGAAGGCCAAGCAGCUUGCGACCGAAAAGGGUGGUGUCAUCACGCAUGAGUACAGCCUCAUCAAGGGCUUCAUUGUGGAGUACCCUGAAGACCACGUCGAUACCCUCGAAUCCAGCGAGCAUAUCCACGUCGAGCAGGAUGGCGAAGUGAAGACGCAGUAG